AUGGCCCAAUACGAAAGCAAAGAACAAAUUCUUGCGUUGGGUGAGACUGACCCGCAACUGGCCGCGCUUCUUAGCCAGCCCGGCGGAGACGAUGUCGUGGCCAUGAUGAACUCAAUCCACCUGUCCAUGGUUGCGCACGCCGAAGCCGCACGGCAACCACUGCCGGGAACCAAAGACACCGACCAUGAAUACGACAUCAAGAUUCCGAUGAGAGGCGGCUUCGAAAAUCCCGCAAGAAUCUUCAAGCCGGACGUACCUGUGCCGGGAAGGGCUACGGUUGUCAUGAUCCACGGCGGAGGUUUCACCAUCGGGCAUCCUACCCACGUAGGCCACUACGCUCGAGGAGUGGCGAAGCUGUUCGGGACGACGGUGAUUAGCAUCACUCACAGGCUUACUCCGGAGUUCAAGUUCCCGAUACCCUCAAACGAUAUCUGGGACUCGCUGGAAUGGAUCUUUUCAGCGGACGACUCAACGACCGCGGCGUUGGGCGGAUACAACAAGGCCAGCUUCAUCAUCGGUGGCGUCUCGGCUGGUGGUAACCUCUCGGCUGUCACGGCCCAGAAAUGGGUCUCUGCGAAGAAGACGCCGAACUUGGUUGGGAUUUGGUUGAAUAUCCCCUGGAUUCUGGAAGCCGAGGUCCUCCCGGAGAAGUACGCCCACUUGUGGCUCGCGCGAGAGCAGAACACAAAUUCGUUGGUCAUCAACGGUGAGACUCUGCGAGUCACCAAAGCCACGUACCAGCCCGACUUUUCGUCGCCCGACUUCUCUCCCUUUAAUGACGAGAACGCUCACAAAGGCCUGCCGCCGGUCUAUUUCCAGGUCUGCGGGCAGGAUCCUCUACGGGACGACGCAAUUAUCUACGAGAAGGUUCUUAAGGAUCACGGUGUGUCGACGAAGAUUGAUGUUUAUGCUGGGGUGCCUCAUGGAUUUGCGGAUCUUUUGCCGACGUUUGGUCUAGCUCAGAAGUUCCUCGCGGACUCGAUGAAGGGUUUUGCGUGGCUGUUUGGGGAGUCUGCGCCUUCAGACGCGGAGAUCGUGAAGGCUUUGACAGUGGCCUAA